GCUGGUGCGGAAGUACAGAGCUGGCCUCGCUCUAUCUCUUCUUUCUGCUGGGGCCAAUAGGGAGAGGCAGACACACACAGCCGAGCAGCACAGCGCCACAGAACAUACUUUCAUUUCUCCUGCCAUUGACAGAAUAAAAGAACUCCCAGGGAACAAGUCCCACACAGCCAAGGGGGAAAGGAACUGGAUCACUUGGCUUCAUUCUGGUGGAUACAAAAAGGGGGGAGUAGAAGCAUAAAGGCUGGAGGAGAUUGCUGAAGCCCAGCACACAAAGCAAAGGCAACACGGAAAAGAAGAAGAAGGGGCUGUCGUGUCCUUUACUUGGAUGGGAUUUGGGAGCUGUAAGCAAAGGGUCGCGGUUGAGGGGGGAGCGGAUUCCUCCCCUGUGAUCCAUUCUCCUCCUCCUCCCCCUGCCAGUAGGGAGAAGAGAGCCUUGGAUAGAGUUAUUCACCUCUCCGGGGAGAGACACUAUGCCGGAUCUAUGGAAACAUUUCUAGCGGAUUAAAGCUGAAUACAAACAACCGUCCCCCCCCCCCACUCCUCAAUCUUGAGUUCCAUUCCCCAUUUGUUUUGAUGUGGGAAUUCCCAGCGAGUGAGACGCACUUUCAGCUGCACUUUGUCAUUGGCUUUUCCCGAGGCGAGAGCUGUCAGUGGCCAGGAGUUUCCACGCCAGUACUUUGUAUCCAUUCUUGCCUAUGAGAAAGGGGGGUGAUUUUAGAUUGCUGGGAAUAUGAAAUGUAUUCAUUCUUUUGUCUUUGUGUCAGAGGAUUAACAUCUCUAUAAUAUUUAGGACCUGAUUCCUCUCUACACCCCAACCCCCUGCCCAGAUUCCUGGGAACGCUUUCCUGCUCAGAUUAUCUGUCUGUUAUUUUAAUUGAAAAAACCCCUGUGUCCCCUCCGAGCCUGGCACAUUCACUGUACAAACAGACAUUGCUUCCCCCUGAGUCUGCCUGCUCUUCGCUUGGGGGGUGAUGCCAAUCGCCUCCAGCUCUGUGCAGCCCUCCCCGCCGGACUCCAGCCUCUUUACUCGGCUUCGCCCAGUUCAAGCAGACAGGCUACGGGACCCUAAGCAGCAGCAGCAGCCGGUGGGAGGCGGUGAGAGCGGGGGUGGCGGUGGAGGAGGAGGUGGGCUCUUGCCUUUCCCGGUUUGUCUGGAUCCAAGGCAGGCUGAAGAAGGGGCCGAGAGCAGAGGAGCCGGACUGAGCAGAAGACUGCUGCCUGGGAGUGUUGCUGCCUUCUCCUCCUCUUCCCCCCAGCACCCUCUGCUGCAGGUCACCCCAGCUUUCAGCUCUCCUUCUUCCUUCUACCAGUCAUUCUCCUCUCCCUCUACUUCUCCCUCACCUCCCACAGCUCCUUCUUUCCAACACUCUGCCUUCCUGGAGCCCCCAAGGACUAGAUCCAGAUCUACGUGUAGGUCUGUAUUCAUGAUGAACCAACAACACCAGCAGCUCCAUGGCAUGCCAGGAGCAGCUCACUUUCCCCACCACCAGCUCCAGACACCACAACAACACCCUCCUCCCCUUCUUUUUCCUACUGCCCUUCACUGGCCAAACAUGGACAGAAAUGACAACCGCCCCCCUGAGGGAGCCAGGCAACCCCACAGCCCACAUGCUUUAGGGGCCAGAAGGAGAGGAAACAGCCCAAACAACAGUUCUCACAACCAGCACCAACACAUGAGAUCUCCAGCAGGUAAUAUGGGCCCCUCAUUCCAAUGUCAGCCGGUACAUCAAGACCACAUAUGCAACAAUGACAGCGAAAAGAACGAAGACAGUCCCAGCCCUAAGCGUCAGCGGCUAUCUAAUUCAGUUUUUGAAUACGCUGCAGCAUCUCCUGCCCCAUCUCCCCCAAUGCGACCAUGGGAGAUGACAUCAAAUAGGCGGCCUCCUUCGGCUCGGCCCAACCAGCACCACUUCUCAGGGGAAAGAUGCAACACUCCUGCACGUAAUAGAAGAAGCCCACCUGUGAGGCGUCAGAGAGGAAGACGGGACAGACUGUCUCGUCACAACUCCAUUAGCCAAGAUGAAAAUUAUCACCAUCUCUCCUAUGGGCAACCGCAAGCAGUAGAAGAGCCUCGAGCCUUCCACCCACCGAAUGUAUCCCCUCGCAUGCUUCAUCCAGCUGCACAUCCUCCACAGCAAAACGCUGUAAUGGUAGACAUUCAUGAGCAGAUUCACCAGGGCACAGUACCAGUCUCCUACACAGUCACAACAGUAGCACCACAUGGGAUUCCACUUUGUACAGGACAGCACAUCCCUGCAUGUAGUACACAGCAAGUUCCUGGAUGUUCAGUGGUCUUCAGUGGCCAGCACUUACCAGUCUGUAGUGUGCCUCCACCUAUGAUUCAGGCCUGUUCAGUUCAGCAUUUACCAGUGCCCUAUGCUGCUUUCCCACCCCUCAUUUCAAGCGAUCCAUUUCUUUUGCAUCCACCCCACCUUUCACCACAUCACCACGCUCACCUUCCACCUCCUGGUCAGUUUGUUCCCUUUCAGACACAACAGUCACGUUCGGAAAGUAACAUGCACAACUCUCCCCUGCAGCCUCUGCAAAGGAUAGAGAAUGAAGUGGAGUUGCUUGGGGAGCUACCUGUAGGUGGGUUUACGUACCCGCCAUCUGCCCACGCUCCAACACUGCAACCGUCUGCCCCAUUACAGUUCAUAGCUCAUGAUCCUUUACACCAGGAAGUUUCAUUUGGUGUUCCUUAUCCUCCAUUUAUGCCUCGAAGAAUAACUGGACGAAACAGAUACCGAUCACAGCAACCGAUACCACCACCACCUUAUCAUCCAAGUCUUUUACCCUAUGUACUGUCAAUGCUUCCAGUGCCUCCUACCGUUGGACCUGCCUUUAGCUUUGAGUUGGAUGUUGAAGAUGGGGAGGUGGAAAACUAUGAGGUUGGUGCAUUGCUGAAUCUUGCGGAAAGACUGGGUGAAGCCAAACCACGGGGACUAACAAAAGCAGACAUUGAACAACUUCCAUCCUAUAGGUUUAACCCAAACAAUCACCAGUCUGAGCAGACAUUAUGUGUAGUAUGCAUGUGCGAUUUUGAGUCAAGACAACUUCUUAGAGUCCUACCAUGCAACCAUGAAUUUCAUGCCAAGUGUGUCGACAAAUGGCUUAAGGCAAAUCGUACUUGUCCUAUUUGUCGGGCAGAUGCUUCAGAAGUACAUCGUGAUUCCGAAUGACCAGUCUCAGAGCACAAUUAAAACUUGGGUGUUCCUAGUCGUGUGUGUGUGUUUCUGUAUUCGCACACACCAACCAUCCAUUGAACUGAACCCACGUGGCUUCUGGCCUAGUCUUUUCACAAAAGGUUCAAUGGACCUCUUUUUUGCACUGUGUGAUUUAAUCAAUUCUAAAGCUUCUGAUUCGUCUUCACAAUUAUGGAAUUGUUCUACUAACAGUGUGAUUGGGACUCCAAAGAUAAUUAUUUUUUUAUAUACCUUCGCUUAUUUUGUGUGUGCACUAACAUUCCCUGGUUUUUGUGUGAUCAUUCCGAGUGUUUUGCUGCAAGAUUACAGUGGUCAGUGAUCUUUUAGCAUGUGCUUUUAUAUUUAAAAGGAAAAACAAAAAAAAGAAAAAUCAAAUGCAGUGGUAGCUCCAAACAAUUUAGCAAUCUACCUUAUUAUAGAGCCUUCAGAUACUGUGAGUGUGGACGGAUGAAUUGUGUGUUAGUGACAAUGUGGCUUAGUGCGUUUGUUGGGCACGAGCGCGAGUCUAUGUGCUUGAGAAACAAUAUACCAGCAUGUCCUGAGAAGUGUGUGAGUGUAGUAUUACAUAUGCUGCAAUGUAUAAUCUUGUGUGUUAUUUAAACAGUACUAGUACUGUACACUGGUUACUUUUGUUGUGUUUGCAGUUGCACACUGAAUGCUAUAGGUGUAGCAAUUAAUUGGCAUUUCAUAUCCCUUUUUUUUUUUUUUUUUUUUUUUUUUUAAAAUCUCCCCUCCACUUAAUAGGGAAUUUAUAGACUGGAAACCAACUGUCGCCUUCUUAAACUGAACAUUUUGCAGUAUGGAUCAGUUCUAAUUUGCAUCUCACUGCAGGAAAAAUAAAAACGGUGUUUUUGUCUUGCUCUGAAAUCUUCUGAAAAAAUGGUGAAAUCAAAACAAUGGUGUUUGCUACUGUUUAACCUCUUCUGGGGCGUUUCAGUUGGCAAGGGUCACAUCCUCCUAAUUUUCCGUAGGUUUAAUGAGAUCUUCCGUUAGGGUGUAGGUGUAUUGGUGUCUUUAACAUGAAUUUGUCAUAAAGCUGGGAUGCUGUUUCCCUUUCAUGACUGUAUCUGAGUAUUCGGUUCCUCUUCACUUUUCUUACACAGUUUUUCAAUUUUUCAUUAAUGAGUGAGUUUAAGUUUAAAAAUGACACGGCUCAUACAAUAAACCUGUAAAUAUUUGAAUGUACUACAAAUAAUGUCAUUGUUACCCGUAAUGCUUUAAUAGAUCUAAUCAAUGUGGAGCUUAUUCACUAGCGAAUAGGAAGUUUUUGUCCCAGCGCAGUAAAGUAAAGCAGCCAGUAGGAUAUUAGCUGUGAAUAUUCUACCUGCAGGAGUGAUUAAAUCUCAUUGCCCCAGAAAAGGGUCCGAUAGCAAUUAAAAAAAAGAGCAAAUUUACCAGUAAGUCCCAAUUCAUUUGUACUGGAAAAAAAAGUAAAUAAAGUUUUCCUUUAUUUAAAAAGUCAGUAGACUGAGUAGACAGUUUAUUUAAUGCUGCUCAUGAAUCACUUACCUGAUACCCAGGGCUUGUCCUCCUGUUUGCUGAAAACUGCACUGGACUGGGUAUUUCUGUAGCCUCACCAAAUUUUUUUUUUUUUUUUUUUUUUCCAUUCUUCUUUGGACCCGGGCCAGCAAUGCAAGAAGCAGAAGAGAAUUGCUCUACACAAAUGCCCAGGGCAAUUGUUUUUCAGAAAACCGGAGCACCAGUCUGGGUUAACAGUUAAAUAUAAUCACUGGGGGUGCCUUACAUUUUAUGCACCCUACUAGAUCGGAAUGCCAGUGUACUUUAUAGUCAUUUUAUGCUUUACAUUCAGUCUUUGUGUACAUUACAGACAACUCCAUGCCAGAAGUAGAGAUGUCUCCUUGCAGCACUCUAUGUAUUGAGCUUCACACUGGCGCUCAUUCACAACUGGGCAAGACUGCAACUCGGUAAUAACCCAUAUCAAACGAGCAGUGAUUAGCAUUUUCCAGUCGGCUGCAGAUAGAACAAAUAAGCAAACAUUUAGUUGAUGGCUUUCGGUUACUGCCCAGUGCAAAUUUGCCCAGUUCUGAUAACUGAGCUGGUCCAUCUUAUCCCUAUAGACCAAAGAAGAUAAUACUUGACUUUUUUUUUUUUUCUAUUAUUUAGUGACCUCCUUUUCCAGUUGCAGGAUUGGAACUGCCCAUCAUACAAGACUAGUAAUUGCCAGAAUGCUUAAAGUUGCCUUUCUUCAGAUUAGUGAAUCAAGCCGUACAUAAACAUUAAAUGAAAAUAAGGACAGAUGCACCUUUUUAUUUUCCUUGCAGUGACUUUGAUUCGCAUCUUAGCGUACACGUUUGUUGCAAAAGCACAAGGGCAACGCUCAAUGUAGCUGCCAAGCCCUAGUUUUUUCUUCCUUGUGUCAUAACUUGUGAUGCAUGUCCUGUAUGCUGCCAUCCUUGUCUAUUCCUGGUGCCCCAAUCAGUGUUGUUCUAAUGCUGCUUGCCCUUCCUGUGCCACUGUUCCAUUCUUGGGCUUCAGUGGAAACAAAAGCACAAUCUGUCUACAGUUUAACUCCGCACCUUUUUAUUUUUUUAAUUAUAAUAACUGCCCGGUAAACACCGAAUCUCUGCCCCUUGGAGUUGGGUGAGAGAUAAAUGGAGCGCCAAUGCUUACUGUUUCUUAGAUUCAUAAUGAAACGGACCAGCCACUGGAUAUUAAUAUCUUGUUUUUCUGUUAGACAUAAAAUCAUGUUGUUUCUGGACAAAAAACAGUUUUAGCACACUUCUCCUAAAUGCUACAAACCUUUUAUAUUAAUAUUUUUUUUUUAACUUGUAUAGAAUUAAAAACACUACUACACUCAAUGUUCACUUUAUUGAAGCAUGCAAGCAUUGCACUUUUUCAAGCUUAGAUUGAGCUAAAUGCAAAGAUUAAAAAAAAAAGUUUGAGGUUCCCACAAAUUCUGGUGUUUUCACCCCCUCUUACCCCAACAAAAUGCAAACUUCCAGGUUACUUUUCAUUCGCUGCCCUAAAUACUACAAAACGUUUGAACAGGAUGAAGUGUCAUUGUCUGUACUGUAGUUGCACUCUGGAGGCUGGUACUUCUAGAAUGAUUCUGGUUUUGCAUUGGACACGCGGACAUGUGCUGACUUUCUUCCUGUGGUUAGUGUAAUAUAAAGAGAAAUCUAUAAAAAGCACACAUGCAUGUGUUCUGAACCAGCUAGAAACCAACUACAAACUAUGGAAAAGCCAAAAGGGAGAUGAACAGGAGGACACUUCUCACUGCCAUAUUAUCUACUAAAAUGCCUGUAGCCCUAGAUUGCAGUAGUGCCUACCCUGCAGAGGAAACCCAGCCGAUGAUUUCUUCUCGUACCCGUUAUUGGCUUCAGCAUAUCUGUCAUUGUUUUGUUAUUUUUCUGUUUAUUUGCAUGAUUUCUGUCUUUCUUUUUUUCAUUUGUGUUUUUGCUGUCUAAAAGUGAUUUAUCAAGGCCACUGCUCUUUUCAGGAUUAUGUUUAUAUUUUUCAUUUAAGUUUUGUCACUGUUACAGUAUUCUCCCUGCAGAAAAUUAACUCUUCGGACCUUACAGGAAGAAUCCUUUGCUUGUGUUUUCCCACUUGGUACAUUUACAGUUACCUCAUUGCUAUUUACCUGUUUUUUUUUUUCCCUUCUGAUUUGCCAAUGAAAGCAUAAAGAUUUUAUUGGAGUCAUAUUUUUUGUUUGUUCUCUGUAUCAUUUAACAUGAUGUAGUUUUUAAAUGUAUUAUAAAUAUAUCUGUAACCAAAUCAUUUGAAGGCUUGAUGAAUUUUUAACAAAAUUUGUACAUUUUUUUAUGAGAGUAACUAGUAAUGCUUUACUAAGUAGUGCAAUGAUUUUUUAUUUUGUUUUUUCUUUUUUUUUUCUUUUUGUUUUGUUUUUUUAAAUCCCUGUGCCCAGUUUUGGAGUUGAGAGGGUUGUUCAGUAAUAAAUGUAUGAUGUAUACUUA